AUGAUCUCGUCAAACACCCGCGCCUCACGAUCUCGCUAUUCUAGCCCCGCGCAAUCCCAAAACACCAAAUGGAACGGAGUGCUGGACGCGUCCAAGGGAGCUACCGAGGGAUCGAGGGCAUUCAUGCAGCGAUGGUUGGAGCCUACCGUGCAGAGCAAGGCGAGCUUCGAGGAUGAUGGUCUGAUGCGAUAUGGCGUCGUGGAGAACAUGGCUCCGUUGGGAAGUCUGCCCAAGCCCAAGAAGGCCGCGCCCGAGACCACUUCUGGCGUGCGGAGGAUCAUAUUGAGGCCGUCAGGGGCAAACGCUGCCAAAUCCACCGUCGAGGCCAACCCGAGUGAUCCGGCUGCAGAUGUCGACGUGGACGCCGACCACGAUGCUGAUGCUGCUGCCGCUGCCGCCGCCGCAGCUGCUGCCAGAGCAAGGGCGGAAGCGUCUUCCCCUCCUCCGACCACCCAGCCCCCUACACCGCCACGGCGGAGGUCCAUUGUGCUCAAGGACGCGGCAGCCGCAGCAGACGAUGAGGACGACGAGGAUUACGACCCGAACCGGACGAAGCGGCGACAGUCGGGUCGCGCAUCUCUGGGGAGGCGGACACGGCGCUCGUCAGGCGGCCGCAGGAGCUCCAUCGUUGUGACUAAGCCGGCAGCAAAGGAGACCAGGGAGGCCAGGGAGCCCAAGGAGAAGGAGGCGAAAGAGGUCAAAGAGUCGCCAAAGGACAAGGACAUCAAGGACACGAUCCAGGCAUCCGAGCCCAUGGCUGAACCUCAGGACAAAGAAUUCAUCGACAAGGUGGUCGAGGCUGCAGUGGAUGAGGCCCUCAAACACUACCGCUAUCCGACGGCGUGGGCGCUGCGGACCCUCUACGACGAAAAAUCGGGCGACCCCCGGUUCGUGGCCAUGAUCGAGGAUGUCUUCAACCAGACGGCCGACGAGGACACGAUGCGAAAGUUCUCGAAGCAGAUGGAGGAGAAGAAGCGCGAGGGCAAGAAGGACAAUCAAGGCUGCUAUUACUUUAUCCCGCCGUCGACGAACAGUCGAUUCACACCGCACAAACCCAAGGCAGCACCCUACGGCAAACUGCUGCAUCACCGCCAAGAGGAGCAUCAGCACGAUGGUGACGACGAAGACGAGGAGGAGCAUCAUCACCGACGAGCAGCCAAGAAGGCAAAGACGCUGCAUUCUUCCCGGUCUCACUCUCGAUCUCACUCUCACUCUUACUCUCACCCUGCGCCGCACACCUCUCACCCUGCCUCUGGCCACGCCACCCGCCACACACCCCGGAAAAUGUCGACAGACAAGCAACCCCGAACACCGACGUCGCGGAAGAGAGGCCGUCGCGACUCCGCGUCUAGCGACUCUUCGCUCUCGUCGGCUCUCAGCCUGUCAUCUCCAGAGGCCAGCAUAGGCAGCCCAAGCCCCGUCCGUCGAGGGGCAACGGCCGGUCGCCCUGGACGUGGAUCUGGAGCUGGAGCUGGAGCUGGAGCUGGCCGUGGACCUGGGGCCGACUCCAGCGAUGCGCCAAAACCUCGGCCAAUCACCACCCGCCGCAAAUCACUCGCCGCCUCCAACAAGUCCAACAAGACCAAGUCCAAGCGAUCCAGGUCAAGCCCAUCCGCAUCACACUCUCCCACCCUCCCCGUCAUCUCAAACACCAGCAAUUCUUCUGCCGCUGAUGCACCCACCGGUGCCACCAUCAGCGUGAGUGCCGAAGCCAGUAUGCCAGGAAGGCUUGCUGAUGCUCCCGUCUUGAACAACCUUCUCCCUCCCAAGACCAAGGCGGCCAAGGGCGCCAAGGGCUCGUCUGUACCGGUCGAUGAGGCUGGUCAUGAUAACGACGACUCCUUCUGGGACCGCAGACGCGACGCGCAAAAGUUUGCCAACAGCGUCACAGUCCGCGAGAGCUCGGUUCGUGAUGUUGAGGACGAUGAGCAGGUUGCGACACCCGCCAAGAAGACCAGGAGAACGCGUCAGUCGAUCGCGCCCCCAGCAACAACAAGGGCGACCCGAUCGGCCAGCAAGAGGCCUCACGAUGAGAUGGAGAGCACCGUGUCUCCGGUUGCAUGGCCUUUCCAGCGUGAGAGCAGCUCAGUCGCAGGCUCGAGGGCUGCCACGCCUUCACUACGCCCACCCAAGAAGCAGAGAACUGGCCUUCGCGUCAAGUCAUCCCCCGUGAAGAAGCGAGGAGGAACUGCAGCCGGAGUGCCUCGGGCUAUGGGAGAUGGCACAGCAACCAGCGCGGCCGCCAAGGAUCAGAUAUCCGACAACGAUGAGGACUGCUCCGCCUGUGGUGCAGCUGGUGAUGUCGUCUGCUGCGACGGAUGCCCUCGGUCGUUCCACUUUGAGUGCGUGGGCAUGGUACCAUCUGAAGACCUCCCUGAUGAGUGGUAUUGCAAUGAGUGCCUGUUCAAGCGGUAUCCUUCGCGCGUGCCUGUCCACAAGGGCGUCUUUGGACCUGCUCUGAACAACCUCGAGAAGAGCAUUCCUCGUGCCUUUAGCCUCCCCAAGAAGUUGCAAACCCGCUUUGAAGGGGUCAAGGCUGGUCCUGAUGGCGAGUACGAGGAGGUCACGACUGCCAAGACGACCAAGAGGAAGAAUGGCUACGAAGAAGUGCCCGACUUCUUCAGACAGCGAGACGAUGGACAACCUGUGCUCUGCCACGGCUGCCAGAAGGCGGCGACAGAUGUCCGGGCCAUCAUUCCUUGCAGCGUCUGCCCGCGUUACUGGCACAUUGAUUGCCUGGACCCUCCUUUGGCCGUCCCUCCAGUUCUCAAGAACUGGCGAUGCCCUCUCCAUUCUGAAGAGAUAAUUGCCGAGGUUCGCUCGCUCGCGCCUGCUCAUCGGUUCCGCAAGAUCAAGGGAGCGCAGACCAUCACGCCAGCCUUGUCACGAGGCCUCAAGAACAAUGGUCAAAUUGAAGUGGACUGGAACGACGAGACAGAGUCUGAACCAGAGUCAAAGCCCGUCAACAAUUCUGGCUGGCCAGAUCCCGACUCGUUUGGACGGGCUUACAAGCUGCCGGCUCAAGGCAUUGUACUGGACUUUAUUGAACAGUUGCGCCGCCAAAACGCUGGCUACGGCCCUCGUCAAGAUGAGCCUCGAUGGCUGUCAUACGCCCCUGUGCCUGUGAAGGACUCGAGCCAUCCCGUCAAAGGCUCUGAUCUUCAGCGGUCAGUGGACGAGAUGCAAGUCGCUUUGACCAUGACCAGCCUCAAGGACCACAAGUCGGAGAGCGUCGACCAACUGAUCUCUGCUCUCUUGGACGCUGCUGACCCCAAUGUCCUGGCACUCAUGGCCAAGACUGAUGCUGGCAACAUCGCUACUGGCCACCUCACAGACGGUGACAAGCUUAGCCUACGCGUUCUGCUUGCCCAGAUGGAUGCUAUGGGAUCCCGUAUCAGACAUCUUCUUGGUGAACCCGACACCACCACCAUGCUUGAUCAGGAGCACGAGAUACCUAGCAUCCUAUCUCCCCAAGACUCAGCCAUCGCCGAGCCACUCGAUAAGGUUGCGGUGCCUCCGCCUGUUACUGAACCUACCCCCCCUUCAACCAUUGACCACGCCGAAGGCGCUAUGGAACUCGACUAA